GAAACAAAGUCGACGGCGCGAUCCAUUUAUUUUUCAACUUUCACUCAACUCAUCAGAUGUUCUGAUAUUUAAAGGUUUUUACGAAAUUUGCUGGUCAUAAAUUAUUACCAAUUUCAUCCUAUUCAGGGAAUCCGUCAUUUGACCUGACUUGACCUCGCUAAUCAUGGAAACGUGCACAUUUUGCGGAGGUCAUGACCCCUGCGUCGUCCCUUCCCCGGAAAACGGGGCUCUUUCGUCCUACUCGGCCUCCUGCGUGACCUCUCUGCUCACCGUGUUCCACAUCGACGCCGCCGACCCCGUCGCCGCACACCUCGCGACGGCCGCGCUCACUUGCGCGGACUGCCUCCAACUCACGCGCGACAUCGACUUGGAGUUAAGAUCGCUGCUCAAAUUCCUCAAAAAUCUGGACCUUCUCCGAUCCCGGUUGGCCAGGAGGGUCAAACGCGCGGCGAAAAAGUCUAAAUCUUCCGCGACCCGUGACCUCAACGAGAGAAUUCAGCAAGAAAUUCCCCUCGUUAACCAAGCUUUUGAAACGUUCUCUAAUCUACUCCGGAUUAAAAAACGUGCCAAUAACGAGCCCCACAAGAAGCGGGGAGAGAAUUGCAAAGUCGAGUUCGCCACCACGAUCAAAAGCCCGGAGACAAUUUGUAAACAGGAAAUGCUCGUGUUGCCCGAAAUUAAGGACGAACCCUUGUCCGACCAGGAAUCCGAGACGAACGUCAGCCACGAAAUGAUAACCAAUCUCCCCGAUAACUUAAGUUUGGAUGAUUUCAUUCCCCCCGAUUCGGACCAGGAAGAAGAAUCCUCUGAAAAUGCGGGUGAUGAUUUCAACCCGGGUGAAAUCUCGUCAGAUUCCGAUCCCGAGUGGGAAGGUGAAGAGCAGCCGAAAAAGCAACGGAAAAAGAGAGAUCUCUCCACCCCCACCAAAUCCCCCCGAAAACCUCGCCGCACUCUCUCCUCAAAACCCCCUAAAAAACCCAAACCCUCCCCUAAACCCAAACCCCACACGUGUCCCACCUGCCUCAAAACCUACUCGACCCUCCUCUCCCUCGAAAAGCACGUGUACCUCGUCCACCCCACCACGAACACGCCUUCGCCCUUCACCUGCUCCAUCUGCGCCCUCCCCUUCCCCUCGCAACCCGACCUGGACACCCACAUCGCCACCCAUCUCACCAACCCCACCCCGUUCCAGUGCACCCUGUGCGACGCGGUGCUUUCAAACUCCUCCCAGCUCAAGACGCACCUUUCCACCGUGCACAAAAUGGGGAAACGGUCGCUCCCCUGUGGCACGUGUGGCGCCCUCUUUUCCCGCCAUGCCUCCCUCCUCGUGCACCAGAAGAUCCACUCGGACUCCUUUGUCGGGCAUGAGUGCACCGUUUGCGGGUUGCGGUGCAUGUCCAAAGCCGUGCUGGCCGUGCACAUGGGCAAACACGCGACCACGAAGCAGUUCGUGUGCGAAGUUUGCGGAAAAAGUUUUACGUAUCAGAAGGGGCUCAGAUUACACAGCAGGGAGCACGUGGAGGGGGAGGACCUGCUGAAGACGGAGUGUCGCCUUUGUGGGAAGAGGUUUAAGACGAAUAGUCAGCUCUACAGGCACGAGGAAACGCACGUGGGCACGUUGCAGCAUGCUUGUCAAUAUUGUGGGAAGCGGUUUAAAACGUCGAAUAAUAUAAGGCAGCAUGAAAAUUAUUAUUGUGCGGGGGGACCGAGAAGGAAGAGUGGGGGGAAGGCGGCGGAGGGGAGGGUGGGGAAUUUAGUUGAUUUGUGAUGGAUGGAGGCCUAAUCCUACAAAAACUUAAUGGGUUUCUACGAGUAAACUUUGUCGUUUUUUAUUUAGAUAUAAAUUUAUUAAAAAUAAAAUCCUUCAUGUUUUUUUUAAUUUUAGAAUUUUAUUAACUUAUGUAUAAUGUUUAUUUAGUAGUUGAAUUUUAGUCGAUGUGCGUUUUUCUUGUGGCAUGAACGUUGAACUUAAAUUUUGAAAGGUACAUACGAUGGAAGUUAUGUGUGGUGUGAAGAAUUUUUAGACUAUGGAUUUUUAGAAACUUCUGCGAGUACGUAACGUAAAUAUAAAUUUCAAUUAAAGUAGUCAAUAAAUAUGUACAUUAAAUCAU